AUGCAGCAUUCAGAGCCUCAUCAUGGGGAAACCGCAGCACCCUUUCGACCUGAAACCUCUAUGACAAAGUCUCUGAUGGACAUCGGCACCAGACGGAUCUUCUGAGAUCAUGACCUGUUUCGUCAGAAUGUCCGCCGGUUCUUUCAGGAGGAGGUUGUUCCCUAUCACGCUCAGUGGGAGAAAGCAGGUGAGGUCAGCCGAGAGGUUUGGGAAAAGGCUGGAGAACAGGGAUUGUUGGGAAUAUUCACUCCCGAGGAGCAGGGAGGGAUUGGUGGAGACCUGCAGUCUGCUGCCAUAGUGUGGGAGGAGCAAAUGUACUGUAACUGCAGUGGUCCUGGCUUCUCCCUCCACUCUGAGAUCGUAAUGCCGUACAUCUGUCACUAUGGCUCGAAGGCUCAGAUCGAGCGCUAUAUUCCACAGAUGACUGCUGGGAAAUGCAUCGGGGCUAUUGCUAUGACAGAACCUGGAGCUGGCAGUGACCUUCAGGGAGUGAAGACGUAUGCCAAAAGAGAUGGCACAGACUGGAUUCUUAAUGGAAGCAAGGUGUUUAUUACUAAUGGCUGGAUGAGUGAUGUGGUGAUCGUAGUCGCUGUGACGAAUCGUGAGGCAAAGACUGCGGCUCAUGGUAUCAGUCUGUUCCUGGUUGACAACGGCACUAAGGGCUUCAACAAGGGCCGUAAGCUGGAGAAGAUCGGCCUUAAAGCUCAGGAUACAGCAGAGCUGUUUUUUGAGGAUGUGCGUUUGCCGGCCGAUGCUCUGUUGGGUCAGCCCAAUAAAGGUUUUUAUUACCUGAUGAAUGAACUGCCACAGGAGCGUCUUAUUAUUGCAGUCAUGGCCCUUGCUAGCUGUGAGUUCAUGUUUGAAGAGACGAGGAACUAUGUGAUGCAGAGGAAGGCGUUUGGCAAGACCAUCGCUGACCUGCAGACAGUACAGCACAAACUGGCAGAGUUAAAAACAGAGAUCUGUGUCGGCCGAGCGUUUAUUGACAGCUGCAUUCAGCUGCACAGUGAGAAAAAGUUGGACUCAAGCACAGCAUCUAUGGCCAAAUACUGGGCUUCAGAUUUACAGAAUAAAGUUGCUACUCAGUGCCUGCAGCUUCAUGGUGGAUGGGGUUACAUGUGGGAAUAUCCAAUAGCCAAGGCGUUUGCUGAUUCUAGAGUGCAGCCCAUUUAUGGAGGAACCAAUGAGAUCAUGAAGGAGCUUAUCGCACGCAACAUUGUUAGCCAGAAAUAAAACUUAAAAAAGUGUUUUUAUUGAGUGCCUUUUAAUGUUUCUAAUUACUUCAGAAGUAUUUUAAUACAUUUAUUUGUGAAUUAUAAUACCUCAAAACUAAUUUUGGAUGUUAAUCUGCAAUUUGUGCUGUAUGUGUAUCACAUGAUGUCUGCAAAGAGAACGGCCUUCUGUUUUUGACUUUAUGUCAUGCAUGGACAUUUUUUACUCAGUGUUUGCCUACCAGACGAACAUUUUAACACUUAGAAGAAACAUUGCAUUACUGUGAUUUUACGAAUGUCUGUCAGCAAAUAAGUCUUUAUAAAGAUUUCUUUAGAUGGCUGUUCUGCUGUUUAUCUCUUUACCUUAUUCGCAGUUUAUUUUAAAAGAUUUGUGCCUGUCGUGUUUCUGGUGAGUCAUGGAGUUGAGGUGGAUGGUCUGUAUGGUGGGUGUUAUAAAGAGACUAAAACCCAAGUAUUUAACCUUUUCUCUUCCCAUCCCUCUUUCUGUCCUGAGUAUAAUUAUUAAGCCAUUUCCUUUUUAUUAAAAGCUAUUCAAAUAUA